UUUGCUUCUCCACCCACCCAGGUAUUCCACAUCGGCGUUCUCAAGACUGGAGAAGUUGGGCAUCAGACACCCCAAGCCCUCUCCUUUUGUUGGAAACUUGAUGUUUUUCUGCCAGGGAUUUUGGGAGAGCCAAUUGGAACUCAGGGAGAGAUACGGGCCUCUGUGUGGGUACUAUCUUGGCCGUCGGAUGUAUAUUGUCAUUUCUGAGCCAGCCAUGAUCAAGCAGGUGUUGGUUGAGAACUUCACUAACUUUUCCAACAGAAUGGCCUCAGGUCUGGAACCCAAGCCUGUAGCAGACAGCAUCCUGUUUUUACGAGACAAAAGGUGGGAAGAAGUCAGAGGUGCCUUGAUGUCUGCAUUCAGUCCUGAAAAGUUGAAUGAGAUGACGCCUCUCAUCAGCCAAGCCUGUGAACAUCUCCUGAGUCACUUAAAGCUCUAUGCAGCAUCCAGAGACACAUUCGACAUCCAGAGGUGUUACUGCUGUUACACCACAAAUGUGGUGGCCAGUGUGGCCUUUGGCACCCAGGUGGACUCCCAGAACACUCCGGAAGAUCCCUUUGUGCAACACUGCCGUCAAUUCUUUGCCUUGCGUAUCCCCAGGCCUCUCCUGGCUUUAAUCUUAUCAUUUCCAUCCAUAAUGGUCCCAUUGGCCCGGAUUCUGCCCAAUAAGAACCGAGAUGAACUGAAUGGCUUUUUUAACAAACUCAUUAGGAACGUGAUUGCCUUACGGGACCAGCAAGCAGCAGAAGAGAGGCGGAGAGACUUCUUGCAGAUGGUGCUGGAUGCCCGGCACUCCACAAGCUCUGUGGGUGUGGAAGACUUUGACAUGGUCAAAGAAGCCCUGUCCUCUAGCGAGUGUCCAGUGAACCCUCCCCAAAGAGGCCAGCCUGCAUCCAUGCCUGAGCCUUUAACCACGGAUGAAAUUGUGGGCCAGGCCUUCCUCUUCCUCAUCGCUGGCCAAGAGAUCAUCACUAACACACUCUCCUUCAUCACGUACCUGCUGGCCACCCACCCUGACUGCCAGGAGAGGCUUCUGGAGGAGGUGGACCUCUUCGUGGAGAAACACCCAGCCCCUGGGUACUGCAGCCUGCAGGAAGGCCUGCCCUAUCUGGACAUGGUGAUUGCAGAGACCCUGAGGAUGUACCCACCAGCUUUCAGAUUCACACGGGAGGCAGCCCAAGACUGUGAGGUGCUGGGACAGUACAUCCCCGCAGGUGCAGUGCUGGAGGUAGCCGUGGGUGCCCUACACCAUGACCCAGAGCACUGGCCACACCCUGAGACCUUUGACCCUGAAAGGUUCACAGCAGAGGCCCGGCUUCAGCGGGGGCCCUUCACAUACCUGCCCUUCGGAGCUGGCCCCAGGAGCUGCCUCGGGGUGCGGCUGGGGCUGAUGGUGGUCAAACUGACACUACUCCAGGUCCUACACAAAUUCCGCUUUGAAGCCAGCUCUGAGACUCAGGUUCCACUUCAGCUAGAAUCCAAAUCUGCCCUAAGUCCCAAAAAUGGAGUCUACAUCAAGAUUGUGUCUCGUUGACAGAAGGCAAGUGAAAAAAACAAACAACAGAACACCUUGUGAUGAUGACAUCUACAGAUGUUUGGAGGACACCCAGGAUUCAAACAAAAACCUGUUGUGGAAAUGGAGAUCUUUAAAGAAAUAUAUAUAUAUGAUAUCUAUCUUAGGGUGAUUAAAAGGGUACACUGCACAUGACCAUGUCAUUUAUGCCAUAGUUCCUGAAUGCUUAAUAAAUGUUUGUCAUGCUUCAUUUUGA